AAGCAAGAUGGCUGCCAAUCCCUAUCUCUCCUCCCGAAGUGAAGCUAUCCACUCCCCGCUUAAUGCCGCUGCCAGGCUGCCCUCACUUACUAUGGCUACUCCGGCUCAUGUCUCACUAUGGUCUCGAAGCCGCCACUAACCGGCCAGGUUCCGGGAGGCGCCGUUCAGGAUGCAGCCACCCCCGCCCGCCUCUCCCCUCCCCCACGCCCGCGGCGGCGGCGGCGGCGGCGGCGGCUGGAGCCCGGAUGCGGCGCCGUGAGACAGGCCCGGGAGAGCGGCGCGGAUGGAUCCAACAUGGCGGCGCCGAGCCUGAGCCGAGAGAAGAGACCUGGGAAAUUAAAUUUCUUGCAGAGUACGGUGGGGAUUGCAGCUGCUGAGCAGGAAUUCCGGAAAGCAUUGCAUACCUGAGCCCCCAGCAUGGCGGGCCUAAAGCGGCGGGCAAGCCAGAUGUGGCCAGAAGAGCAUGGUGAGCAGGAACAUGGGCUGUAUAGCCUGCACCGCAUGUUUGACAUCGUGGGCACUCAUCUGACACACAGAGAUGUACGCGUGCUUUCUUUCCUCUUUGUUGAUGUCAUUGAUGACCAUGAGCGUGGACUCAUCCGAAAUGGACGUGACUUCUUAUUGGCGCUGGAGCGCCAGGGCCGCUGUGAUGAAAGUAACUUUCGCCAGGUGCUGCAGCUGCUGCGCAUCAUCACUCGCCACGACCUGCUGCCCUACGUCACCCUCAAGAGGAGACGGGCUGUGUGCCCUGAUCUUGUAGACAAGUAUCUGGAGGAGACAUCAAUUCGCUAUGUGACCCCCAGAGCCCUCAGUGAUCCAGAACCGAGGUCUCCCCAGCCCCCUAAAACAGUGCCUCCCCACUAUCCUGUGGUGUGCUGCCCCACUUCGGGUCCUCAGAUGUGUAGCAAGCGACCAGCCCGAGGGAGAGCCACACUUGGGAGCCAGAGAAAACGCCGGAAGUCAGUGACACCAGAUCCCAAGGAAAAACAGACAUGUGACAUCAGACUGCGGGUUCGGGCUGAAUACUGCCAGCAUGAGACUGCUCUGCAGGGCAAUGUCUUCUCUAACAAGCAGGACCCACUUGAGCGCCAGUUUGAGCGCUUUAACCAGGCCAACACCAUCCUCAAGUCCCGGGACCUGGGCUCCAUCAUCUGUGACAUCAAGUUCUCUGAGCUCACCUACCUCGACGCAUUCUGGCGCGACUACAUCAAUGGCUCUUUAUUAGAGGCACUUAAAGGUGUCUUCAUCACAGACUCCCUCAAGCAAGCUGUGGGCCAUGAAGCCAUCAAGCUGCUGGUAAAUGUAGAUGAGGAGGACUAUGAGCUGGGCCGACAGAAACUCCUGAGGAACUUGAUGCUGCAAGCAUUGCCCUGACCUUUUCCCUCUUCUCACUUCUUUGGGGAGUGUUCCCAUUACCCACCUCUGGAGCUUACACUGUUCUGGGGUUUGUUCUCUACCCUUCCAACCAAUGACACCCCUGCCUUUUUUUUUUUUUUUAAAAGAAAAAGACAAAGGAAAGUGGAAGUGGUGAUCCCCACCCCUCCCUGCACCCAUGUGCCUGGGCUUCCCCUUUGUUUCCCUUUUCCAUUUACCCCUCAACGUGUGUCUCUACAGCUACCUUACCACUGAGCCGUAAGACAAAUGUAUAGGGAGAAACAAAGUCUACAGAACGUAGUCUUUGUAAGGGAUUGAUGUGAACACUGCUUUUGGGUGCACUAAGGGGUUAUCAAUACUUCUGGCUUUAUGAGAGCUCUUAAAUUUUGUCUAAAAAAAACCAAAGGGCUGUGAGUAAGGGAGCUAUGUGGAAGGUGGGACUCUGAAGUGUAUUUUGAAAAUUAAUUGCCACCCUCUUCCAAAUUACAGAAUUUUUUUUAAAACAAAGAAGCUGUGGCCCUUUCCACUCUCUCCUGGCCUCUGGUGCUGCUCCUCUCUGCCUUCUUUCCCCCAUUCCAUGGCUGAAACCUCUGCCUGAUGUGGCUCUUUCCUUUUUUGCAUUUCUCAAACCCUCUUCAAGGGAGGAAUAGAUAAGAGGACUGCAUCAGCCUAGUCACGCCUCCCAACUGUGGUGGCGUAUGUGUAUGCACGUACACAGGGUGGAUGGAGAAGAGGUUGCUGAUUAAAAUACACUCCCCCUGUAAAGGGGAAGGGGGAGUGUGACACUUUCUUUCCAUGUUCAAGUGAAAAUAAAUAAUGUACCCUGCAGCCCUUUUCCCCUUUGCUUUCUUCUGGCUUGGGCAAAGGGCAUCAUAGGUGAAAGUGAAGUAAUUCCUUUUUCCUUCCCCCUCCACUCCUGUGCCCACUCCCAUGUUUGGGAGAAUGGGGCUGGGACAUGCACUGAGUGUUGCACUUUUAUUUAGGUAGGGAGGCAUGUUGAAUGAGCCAGGAGGUCUAGAACUGGAGCCCAGUCCUGCUAGUACAAUACCAAUUCCCCCUGUAGCUCCCAAAGGAGAUGUCCAGACACAGACUUUAUGAUUAUUAUAUUUUUCAAUGCCAGUGCUGCUCAGCCCUCAGCAUAACUUCAGUUUUCAUGAAAUAAACAAUGACUAUAUAAAA